CUUCCUCACAGCGAGAAAGUACUUAACGACGGUAAGUAGAAAUGUUUUUUGCAUGUUGUGGACCCUUCAAAAUUGUUGUUUUCUGGCGCCCAACCUGUAUAUAAAGCCCGCCAAAUUUCUACCAGGAAAUUCAUUGAGCAGCUUCUUCACAUUUUGCAUUUUGCUUUUCAAUUUCUGUGUUAUCAACCAUAACAGUGCAAAAGAAGAAAUGGAGGGAAGUCAGCUCCAACGUCAAGCAGCUGCCAUGAGGAGAACCCUCUUUGAACAGGGUUAUCUCGAUGAACAAUUCAUUCAGCUGGAAGAACUUCAAGAUGAUGCUAACCCUUACUUUGUGGAAGAAGUUGUCAAACUUUUUUACACGGAUUCCUCGAGAUUCAUCCGCAACAUUGAAUUGGCAAUGGAAAGAAAUCCUUUGGAUUUUGACAAGUUGGAUGAUGUUAUGCACCAGUUUAAGGGUAGCAGCUCAGGGUAAUAAUAUAUGUAAAUUCUAGCCAGUUGGUAUAGUCUAAGAUCAUCUAACUAAAUUUUCUAAAUGGGUCCUAAACUUAAAACAAUAAAAAUGAAGGAGUUAUGAGACAAAUCAUCGUUCUCUUUCCAUCUCAAAUUAGUAAAUAACGACUCAUGCUUUUUCUUUUUUUUUUUUCUUUUUUUUUUGGAGAGGAGGGUAAGUGUCAUGUAUAUAAUGUAAACUGUAAAGAGCAUAACAAAUCAUUUUUGAAAAGUUGAAGAUUCCGUGAUGCAAAAGUCAACACCCUUCCCCCACUCGAAGCCGUUGCGGAGUUCAAUUUUUUUGGUCAUUCGGCAAUUUAAUUCUUUUUCAUUUUAUUUUUUUUCCUUUUUUGAAAAAAUAUAAAGGAGUGACAUUCUAAGGCUGGUUUUUUCUUUUACCACUAGUAACGAUAAUUAACGAAAAUUGAUUCUCUAAAUUUAACUUCACAAAAUCUGUCAUAUUUUUAUGAUUUCCCUAAGGCUUGAUAGCAUCUCUCAUACAGCCUAGAUAAUCUAGAGAGGUCUCGCAUCUCGAUCUUUGCCUUCGUCUCCUUAUUUUGUACUGCAAAAAUUUUGGUUUUUUAUUCUUUCACUUAAUACUAUAAGCAUCAAUGUUGAGAUUAUACUCGUUUGAAGAUCACAAAGCUAGUUCCUUUAUUAGACACAUCUGAUAAAAUUGAAUCGAUGGAGAAAGGAUCAGAAUCGCAUUCCAUCCCUAAAGAUUCUAAGGGUCCAAUACUAUCCAGUAUCCAAUCAUUCACUGUAACCAACAAAUUGGGAUCAUGUGUUUUAGUUCCUACGUGAACCCCAAAAAAAGGUUUUAUUUAAAGAUUCUCUUCAAUCAUUUCAUCAUAUCAAAAUUCAAAACCACAUGCAGCACGUAAAGUAAGCACAUAAUGAAAAUCAGUGAAAUUGCAAAGUUUUGAUGGUCCCAAUGACACUGAAUUUUGGUUUUCAAUUUUUUUCUUUUUUUUCUUUUGAUGUUAGGAGGAUUAGAAAACAGAAGGGGCUAGAUUACAGCAUUCUCAAUUUGCUUUGUUUUUUGAUGCAGUAUUGGAGCCAAAAAGGUGAAGAAAGAGUGCACACAAUUCCAGGACUACUGCAAAGCAGGAAAUGCUGAAGGGUACGUGAACGUAAAAGUUUUCACUGAGCGAACGAUAGCAUAAUUUUCUUUCCGACCCAAAAUAAUUGUAUGAAAAAAAAGUAAGAUAGUGAUUAAAAAAAUUAAUCAUUAAAUUUAACAGUGAGUCUCUCAAAAUUCAUGAUAUUUGUGUUGUACAGAUGUUUGAGGACCUUACAAGCAGUGAAACAAGAGCACGCAAACCUAAAGAGGAGGCUGGAAGCAUAUUUUCAGGUAACUUCAAUAUUAUCAAAGAAUCAUCCAUAUACAUACAGUAUAUGAUUGGGCUGAAGUUUUUCGUUAUAUUUUAACAGUGCUGUAAAAUCCUUUUUAUUGCAGUUAACCAGACAAAUUUGAAGAUGAACAAACAAAGGGAUAAAAACAAGUAGUAUCAGUAUGAGCAAAUAACGAUACCAUGGACAAAAACUACAUUCCAACUGUAUUUGGAAUUUGUUCAGAUAAUCCUCAGUUGGGCCGUGAGAGUUACAAUGCGCGGGAUAAUCUGAAAGUUUUAUAAGUUACUACUUUAUUAUUAGAAUAGAAUGAGAGGCAUGUAAUACAUAUGUGUAAUUGUGUAUAGCUAACAAGAAAUAUUUAAGCAAAUAUGGUGACCCAAUUAAUUAUAAGCAAGAAUGGUUUCAUGGUGAAUAAAUGCAUACUACAUAUUAAUUUCUUUUCUGUUUGUGAUUCUACCCAACUUAAUGGAGGACCAAAAGUGAUCAAAUUUUAAAGAUGAUGGUGC